AUGGUGUCAACCAUGUCUCUUUUCGCCGCUACGGCUACUGCCGUGGUUUGCCUGUUCUCGACCCACGUCGAUGCCCACGGCUACACGUUGAUUCCAGAAGCCGUCCCUUUAGUAGAGCACAAGAAAGAUAAGAAAAUAUCGUCGUGGAUUGUCCAGAUCGAGCCGCAGUUCAUCGACUCGAAGCUGUACGGAGCGGACUGUGAAUACUCCGACCCGAAGGCUGAUCCGAAGACUUCACCAUCGGACGGCACUGCCACGUUCUCGCGAGGAAUUGCUCACCACGGCCCCUGUGAGAUCUGGCUGGACGACAAGAUGGUGCUCCACGACGACGACUGCGAAAAAACAUUUGGAACCGCCGACUACAUGACUCAGAAAUCGGUGCUCAAGCCAAUUGACUACUCGUCGUGUUCGACCAGUGGUUGCAUGUACCGAUUCUAUUGGAUUGCAUUCCAAGGAAGCGAUAACGGAUACGUCAGGCAGAUUUAUAGACACUGCGUACCGUUGACGGGACCACCUGCUGGUCAAGCGAGCACAGCGAUCACGAGCGCUGGUUCGGCUGCACCUAAUAUGACCCAAACUUCGACUGACAACGCGGCUUCAGAGGCAGCAGCCAACAAGGCCCACAGCAAUGAGAACGAUGCCCCGAAAGGUACGGAAGCCACAGUGAUGGGAACGGAUGGACCUGCUACUGCGACGCUGACUUCGGCCGCAACGCCAGCAGCGAAUGAAAAGCGCAAGGCCCCUCACAAGCCCGCUCCUAAGAAUGGGAAAGCCACUCCCGUGGGCUAUGCUGCAUCGGCAGGUGUCGGAGAUGGAAAGCGAGCUUAUUGUGGAAAAUAUGAAGCAUGCGAAGAAACACAAAGUCACUGUCAGCAACACAUCGAUAUGUGCCGUGUCAAGGUGCAAAGUUUUGUUACGUAUUGCCACAAGACUGAAUUGAACAAUACGGACGACUUGGAUAUUCUCGAGGAAGUUAUCAGAGCAAAAGCCUACACUGGGCUAGAAGAAGACAGCUCUGCAUUUUCGUUUUCGAGCAACAUGAAUUGUAAUGGAGACAUCAAUAUUGUGCGGCGGUGGCUUGCGGACCCAGAUGUCGAGCAAUUUGGAGAGUAUUUUCUGCAGCAGUGGCUGACGGGAAAGUUUGUGAAAUGGCAGUGCUUCCGUACGCCUGUUGGUUGGGUCACAACAAACAAUCCCGUGGAAACGUUCAAUGCCAAGCUGAAUAAAACCUACACUUUGCGGGAGCGAAUGCUAAUGGGGUCUUUGCUUGGUCAACUUCAACCGGAGGAUGGUCAGUGGAUCAAACUACUCGCACUUGCCCGUGUAAAUGCUUUUUCCACAAAGGCCAGUGUGUACAUCUUCUCUUCGCCUCCUAUACAAGGUUUGCCGGUGCAACAAAAGAAAACCUUAGAAGAUCAGAUCGCAGAAGCAGCCGAAGCAGACCAGUCCAAACGUCCGAUCCUUAACGGUCCUGCUUUAUCUUUGUUGUAG